CUUGUGUGCAAAAAAUGCUAAUAUUACCAUUUAUCACCAUUUACGUCAAAUCGUAUAUGUGAUAUCCAAAAAGUUUUGCGCAUAAUAGCCCUGAUAGACGAGCAAAAUUAAAGCGCCUUAAGCAACGCUAAUGUGCAUUGAAAUUUUAUGGUGACAGACGGAGGACUGGUCUAUUUAGACAGCUGAAAACAACAUUGCAUAUUUCUGUCGAUACUCCUCGAAAUAUCAAUAUUUUUACAAUCCGUAUUUUCUCGUCUCUAACGGAUAUCUGCGAGCACUAGUUUGCGAAGUUUGAUGACGAUAGCUUAACGUUAUCUAUGGCUUAACAGGUGUUCAUUUGAUAACUAGCUAAAGUUGCGUAAAAACUUGUGAAAAGAAAGUAACAAAAAUAAGCUUUGAAAAAGUUAAAUAAAAAGUAAACUGACUGCCAUUUCUUUAUACAAAGUGGUUUAUUUUAUAAAUAACAAAUAUGCGUCCCAGAGGACUUAGAGAAUCAGAAAUAAAAAAAAUUAUCAAUUUUGACUCGAAUAAUCCUGAAGAUGAGAAUGAAGAAGAAGACGAGGAAUAGAAUUUGGAUAGAAUCAUUGAAGAAACAAUUGAAGAGGUGAUAAAAAAGGGAGAAAACGUGGAAAUGAAUUUGAUAAAUGAAAUCAUUGAAGGCGGUGGAAAUGCGGAUGAAGUUGAAAAUGAAGUGCUCACAGAAAAAAUUGUCAGUGAAACGUAUGAGAAAAUUAACCUGGAUAGUUUGAGAUGAAGGUCAGCAUGCCUACCAGAUUGCGAAACUGUUUGGAAAGAUGAAACAAUUUGUCAAGAAGUCAAAGAUCCUAUAAACUACUUCAAUGGUUUCUUCGAUGAUGAAAUCAUAACGAAGAUUUGUAGCGUAACAAAUCUUUAUUCUAUGCAAAGGAAUGGCGUAGAGCUUCAUUGUGCACCUUUCGGAAUCAGACGAUUUAUUGGCAUACUUCUUUAUUUGGGCGUGAUACUAGUUCCAAAUAUGCGAAUGGCUUGGACGCCAAACUUCAAAUUAUGAGCUGUUGCGGAUUCUUUAUUCAGAACACGCUUUGAGAAAAUCAAAGGAGCCUUUCACCUAAAUGAUAGCACAAAACAGCUGCAACCAAUAUCACCCCAUUACGACAAGCUAUAUAAAAUACGUCCAUUAUUGGCCAAACUGAAGGAGAAAUGCAACAAAUUACAGCAGGAAAAACAUCAGAGAAUAGAUGAACAGAUGAUAAAAUUUAAGGGACGUCACAGUCUAAAAAAUACUUACCCAUGAAACCCAUAAAUGGGGUUUUAAAAUGUUUACAAGAGCUGGAAUUUCAGGCAUCGUAUACGAUUUUGCUCUCUAUGUUGGAGACGGAACAUGUCCAUCUUUCGGAUUGAGUAUUUCGUCAGAUAUUGUGUUGCAUUUGGCUAGUAAUGUGCAUAGAGACAAAAAUUAUAAGUUAUUUUUCGAUAAUUGGUUUUCUUCCAUAAGCCUGAUGAUUGCACUCAUAGAACGAGGUAUUUUAGCAGCAGCAACAAUACGAGGCAAUCGGAUUAAAAACUGUAGCCUUAUGAAUGAAAAUGACCUCAUGAAAAAAGGUCGGGGAUCAUACGACUUCAAGUAUGAAGCUGUACAUAAUAUAGCUGAAUGUCGCUGGUACGAUAACAAAGGUGUGCAACUUUUGUCAAAUUAUAUAGYUGAAAAUCCGGUUUCACAAUGCAKACGCUGGUGUCGUAAACAAAAAAAGUACAUAGAUGUACCUAGACCGGCUGUUGUUGACUAUUAUAACAAGCACAUGGGAGGUGUAGACUUGGCUGACAUGUUGUUAAACUUAUAUAAAAUCAACCACCGUUCUGAGAAAUGGUAUAUGCGCAUAGUUUACUGGUGCAUCAGCACAGUGGUAGUCAAUAGCUGGUUGCUGUAUAGACGAGACCUAAAAAAUCAAGUCACACGAACGAAAUAUAUGACAUUGCUGGAUUUUCAAUUAUCUAUAGCAAACGAGCUUCUUCACGCGUCUAAUAUUAUGUCAAUAAACCCACGUAAAAGAGGUCGUCCAUCGGCAAUACCUGAAAGAAUGGAACCAGGUUCAUCUUCACGUGUCAGAAAUUUCCCUACGUCGUCAAAGCCGAAGUCGAUGCGUCUUGAUCAAACCGGUCAUUGGGUUGAAUGGGGAGGAAAAGGAAGGCGUAGAUUAUGCAUGACUGGUAUUCCAAAAUCUAAAUGCUCAUAAUGUUAGGUGCACUUAUGCUGUAACCCACAGAAAAACUGUUUAGUCUCAUAUCACACAUGAAAUGUAUGAAAAGUAUUAAAAAAAAAAUGAAAACUAUCAAUA